CUUCACAACCUCCUCAGGAGCGGAGCAGGAACGGGAGCGCCCGGGAGCAGAGAGCGCAGCUAUUGGACGAAGCCUGCACCGCCCCGGCUUUAGGUGGUCCACACCUCCCCCACACCAGCCGUGGAGUGCGCAGAUGCCAGCCCCGCCCAGACGCCCCCUCCGGAGCUGGCUGGCUGAGCAGCAGGGGGCACUGCUGGCCCAGGGGGUCACCCAGCUCUCCCCUGUCCCACUCCCAGAGCCGGGCCGGGGCAAGGCGGGGGAGAGGCUGGGGCAGCAGGGCAAGGUGGCGAUGCUGAAAGAAGCCCAGGAGGCACUGGAAGGCCGGUGGCUGGCACUGCAGGCGGGCUGGUGCCAGGCACAGCACCAGCUGCUGGAACAGCUGCGAGAGGAGAAGGAGAGACAUCACAACCUGGAGGAGCAGGUGAAUGCCAUGAUACAGUUCAAUGUGGCAGAGGUGGGCAUGCUACACCACAACGUGGCCUGCAUGGAGGAGAGGACGGCCUACAGCACCCACGAGAGAGCCAGGGAUGUGUGGGAGGUGCUGGACGCAUUCCACACCCGCCUCUCCCAGCUGGAAGCCCAGCAGCAGGCAGCCCAGCUGGAGGAACAGGACCGGAGCAGUGCCACCCUGUGCCACCUCCACAGGCAGCUGAUGAACCUGGCUGUGGCCGUGACCACCAUCCUGCUGGUGUGCGUCUCAGCCUGCAGCCGCCAGCGGGCACUCUCCUCACUGGGCGUGUUGGCCCUGCUGUCCGUGGCCUGGCACUGCUGGGACCAUCUCCGCUGGGAGGCCUGGUAGCCAGGGACAGCGGCCACGCAGCACCAUCUGCUCUCCCAGCUCGUGCCCCUCACCUGGAGACCCCCGUCUCCCUAACCACAAGCUCACGCCGUCGGGCUGCCGUCCGACUAUUAAAGGUGCUGGUGUUA